CAGAGGAAGUAAAAGGAGUGGAGUAAAAGUUAAUGGCAACAAUGGUUCAGCGAAAAGCUUUUCCCUUGGUGUUCAGCUACCUUCUCUGCAUUUAUAUUGACAGCAGUUGUGGAAUACAUGUGCUGGGUAAUGGAUAUAAAGACAUUGUGAUUGCAAUUAAUCCGAGUAUCCCAUAUGAUAAGAAGCUUCCUGAAAAAAUCCAGGCAAUGAUGAUUGAAGCGUCCUCCUUCCUGCAUCAAGCUACCAAAAAAUCGCUCUAUUUUUCGGAUGUUAACAUCCUUUUGCCUAAAACCUGGCCAUAUAACUCCAGCUCGGUUCAAAGAUCAACUAAUCAAUCAUAUGAGAAGGCAAACGUGAUCAUUGCUGAACCCAACCCUUUGAAUGGAGACACUCCAUACACCCUGCAGUAUGGAGGAUGUGGGGAGAAGGGCUUCUACAUUCACCUUACACCGAACUUCCUACUAAAUGACAGUUUGGUUCAAGUUUAUGGUAAAAAGGAACGAUCAUUUGUUCAUGAAUGGGCCCAUCUCCAGUGGGGCAUAUUUAAUGAAUAUGAUGAACAGGUGCCCUUUUACAGAUCUAGUGAUGGAGUCAUUGAGGCAACAAGGUGUUCAAAGGAGGUAGAAGGAAGCAAAAAAGUUUGCAGUAGCGGUAUCUGUUCAGACUGUACCAUUAAUAAAAAGACAAGAUUGCCAGAUGGAUAUUGUACAUUUUAUCCAGAGAGGAACCAGGAUGCAUCAUCUUCAAUAAUGUAUAAUCCAGGAUUGAAGAAUGUUCUCAAAUUCUGCACUGACAAGACCCACAACACUGAAGCACCCAACAUGCAGAAUAGAAUGUGCAAUUGCAGAAGCACUUGGGAUGUGAUCAGCCAUUCGGAAGAACUUAGAAGCAUUUCGUCACCCUACACUGGUUCAACCAAACCAACAUUCACAUUUCUACAGACCAAAGACCGUGUACUUUGCUUAGUCCUUGAUGUAUCAGGAAGCAUGAGUCAGGGGAAUCGCAUUGGCAGGCUUCGACAAGCUGCUGAGGUAUUCUUGCGGCAGGUCAUUGAAAAAGGAUCACAAGUUGGAAUUGUCAGUUUUAACCAUGAAGCCAACACUAAAGCACAAUUAAAAAAGAUUGAUGGUCCUAGUGCGAGGAGCGAUCUUGUACUUCUGUUACCAACAUCAGCUGCCGGGGGAACGAAUAUCUGUGCGGGGGUUCGAUCUGGCUUUCAGGUACUUGGUGGUGAUGAUGGAGAUACAAGAGGUGAUGAAAUUAUUCUGCUUACGGACGGAGAGGACAACAGUAUUAACAGUUGUUUCACAGAGGUGGAACAAAGUAGAGCCAUGAUCCACACAAUCGCAUUAGGGCCAAGUGCAGACAAGGAUCUAGAGCAGUUCUCAGCAAAAACAGGAGGUCUAUGGUUUGCAGCCACUGACAACGUUGAAUUAAAUGGACUAACUGAUGUAUUUGGUGAAUUAGUAUCAGGAGAUGGUGACAUCAAUCAACAGUCAAUCCAGCUUGAAAGUACAGGAAGGAGUGUUGAUGGAAACAGUUGGUUUAAUGAUUCAAUUGUUGUUGAUAAAACUGUUGGAAACAACACACACUUUGUGUUCACUUGGGAGGCGUCCACACCACAAGUAUUUGUACGUGACCCAAAUGGAAAGGUAUACAGCAACAAUGACUUUGUCAUAGAAGAGAACACACACACCGCAUGGCUCGAAAUUGAAGGCACUGCACAGGAAGGAAGUUGGACUUACAAAAUCAGGAAUCCCGGAAAUAAGCAGCAAGUAACAGUUACAGUAACAUCCCAAGCAGCGGAUGAGAAUGUUCCCCCUGUCACAGUCAACACAAAAAUCACCAGAAAGGAUCCUUCUGCUCCAGUGGUUAUUUAUGCAAAAGUCUCACAAGGAUUUUUACCAGUCUUAUCUGCGAGUGUGAUAAUCAUUGUUGAACAACCCACAGGUCAUACAGAACAAGUGGAGCUUUUAGAUAAUGGUGUAGGUGCUGAUAUUGUCAGCAAUGAUGGGGUGUACUCUAAGUAUUUCCUGAACGCUAUUGGACAUGGAAGAUACAACUUCAAGGUGCGGGUAAAGGGAAAGGAAGGGUCUACCAUGAAGACAAACAGAACAGAUGGGAGUGCCCUGUACAUGCCAGGAUACACAGAAAAUGGUGUUAUUCACAUAAAUCCACCAAAACCUCGAGUUAGUAAAGAAAAUUCUGCAGCUCAAAUAGGAAGCUUUAGCAGGGUCAAAUCAGGAGGAGCACUUUCAAUCCCUCAAGGUACACCUACUGUCAACUUUCCACCGUGCAAAGUCACAGAUCUUCAAGCAAUGAUAGAAAAAGACAAAAUUGAGCUGCAGUGGACAGCACCAGGAGCAGACAUGGAUCAAGGGACAGCCUCCUACUAUGAGAUGAGAUGGAGCGAGAAACUGCUGCAGUUACGGGACAGUUUCUCAGGAGCUGAACAGGUUAACUUGACAAGUUUGAAACCACAACCAUUUGGCUCCAAAGAAACAUUUAUAAUUGCUGCUAAAAAUACAGGUCUUAAAAGCACAACCACGCUCUAUUUCGCUUUAUGUGCUUAUGAUGAAAAGGAUCAGUCUUCUGAGAUGUCCAAUAUUGCCAGCGUUUCUUUGUUUGACCCUUUGCCUGACAAACCGGAAAACAAUAAGAUACUGCACAGUGUUUGGAUUGCAGUAGUCGUGGCUGUUAUUGUAUGUUUGAUUAUUGGGAUUACUAAUUAUGUUGUGCAGAAGAAAUGCAAAAAAUAA